GUCAGGCGGAGCUUCAACAAUGGGCGGUGGUGGUGGCGGCGGCGGCGGCAGUACAAUUGGCGGUGGCAGCGUGCUGGGCGGACACGGUACUCUGAUGAGCACAGCGGGUAUGAGCAAUAGUACGGUUGGCGGCGGUGGUGGUGUUGGUGUUGGGGCUCCUCCUGGCAGUAUGUUGCACGGUGGCGGUGGCGGUGGCAUGGGCGUACCAACGCCCGGCAAUAUGGGUAUGCCUGGCGUUUAUGGCAAUGGUAAUGGCGGUGGCGGUGGCGGUCCCGGUGGUGGUCCAAUGGGCCCCAUGGGUGGCAAUGGCGGUGGUAAUGGUCCCAGUACGGCACCCGGUUCGGUGAUCGAUUCUCGCGCGGUGUCCGUGGUCGUUACGUUGCCUGGUGGGCCGGGCGCGCAACACCCCGGGCAGGCGCUGAGCGACUAUGGUCCUAUAUAGUUAAUGGUACGGCCAGAUACAGCGCACUGGGUGUCGACGAGCAGUUUUUCGCAACUGUAAAUGCAAGCGAUUGCAGUGUUGCAAUUUUCUUUCAGUUUGCGCACUUUGGCGCUUGCGCCUUUAAACACAUCUGAAGUGUUAAUAUGAAUUGUAAAGUUACAACAAACAAGGCGCCAUAUUAAUUUCUGCUAAUUUAUAGUUGUACAAUAAUAACAUAUUUAAAUACAUAAAUUUAAACGAGUAUGUAAUAAAGUAACGAGUAAGCAAGCUAAACUACAUAUAUAAUUCUAGUCCAUUUUCAUUGAAAGAAAAAAGCAAAAAAAAAUAUU